AUGUCCAGUCAACCUCUCCUCCAAACAGCCCCAGGCAAACGCAUCGCGCUCCCCACGCGCGUCGAGCCCAAGGUCUUCUUCGCCAACGAGCGCACCUUCCUCUCAUGGCUCAACUUCACCGUCAUCCUGGGCGGUCUGGCCGUCGGCCUGCUGAACUUCGGCGACCGCGUCGGGCGCAUCUCCGCCGGCCUGUUCACCGUCAUCGCCAUGGCCUCGAUGAUCUAUGCCCUGGUUACGUUCCACUGGCGGGCGCAGAGUAUUCGGAAACGGGGUUCGACGGGCAUUGAUGAUCGGUUUGGGCCGACGGUGUUGGCGUUGUCGUUGUUGGCGGCGGUUAUUGUGAAUUUUGUGUUGAGGAUGAAGGAGUAG